AUGGUGGGGGCUACAGGUAACCAGGGCAGGAAAGGUGACCCAGGACCCAAAGGACAGCUAGGGCAAUCUGGAGAUCCGGGAAUGGUUGGUUUGCAAGGCUUUCCAGGACCUAAGGGGCCAAAUGGUGAUUUUGGUUUGAAAGGUUUCCUUGGCCCAAAAGGCCCUAUGGGUACUCUGGGAUUCAACGGACCUGUAGGCCCUGAAGGAAUGAUGGGCCCAAUGGGAAAACCUGGGCCAAAGGGUCCAACAGGAAGCAGUGGUGAAAUGGGGCCCCAAGGACCUCAGGGAAGUCCAGGACCCAGUGGACCCCCUGGUGCUCCAGGUCCAUCAAGGCAGAUAUAUGAUGACUCCACAUUCUACAGUCUAUCUGACUCUAACGCUGCCCUCAGGACAGAGAGUUUCCAGAACACUGAGAUGAGCCUGCCAGACCAGAACUCUGAGAUACUUAAGACUCUACGUUACCUGAGCAGUGUGAUUGAGAGCAUCAAAUCACCUCUGGGCACAAGAGAGAACCCUGCUCGUGUCUGUAAAGAUCUGCUGGACUGUCAUCACAAGCCAAACGAUGAUUGGUUCUGGGUUGAUCCAAACCUAGGUUGUACUUCAGAUGCCUUUGAGGUCUUCUGUAACUUCACUGCAGGGGGGCAGACCUGUUUACAUCCACUGGCCACUAAUAAGGUAACACUGGCCCUCUUUACACCUGGCUUUAACAUGCAUCUUGGGUGA